CCGAGUCGUGUACCCCGUGGAGGUUGCUGCGUUUUCGCACUCCAGCGUGCGCGCACGAUAGUGAGACGGUAGUACACACGGACGCGCGCGCACACGUAUAUAUAUAUAUAUAUAUAUAUACAUGUGUACACAUACGCGACACACACAUACGUACAGAUACGUGUAUAUACAGACCGGCUAAUCCGGGAACAGCGUGCGUGCACCACAUACACCACGACGGAAGAGUGUUGCACGUCGCGAUACGCGCACAACGCCGGACACGUGCACACACCUGUUCCUUCCUCGUGCAUUCCUGCGCAAGCACGCGUCGUCAUCCGAGAGGAUCGCGAAGCCGCGUGUGCGUGAACAGUGUCAUUUUGUCUCUCUUGGUUACCGCAGAAGCGGUGCCGAGGGAUCUUUUCCUUCACGAGGGUUGCGACAGGGAAAAAGAGUCGCCUGUCUCAGAAAGGACACUCCAGGAGCGUCGCAGUUACGAACGAGUCGGUUUUCGGUCUUCGCGACGUGUGUUCGUUCCUUCGUAUGAGCAAACAGUCGAUGUGAGUGGACAAUUGGCUAAUUAACGAGUUCGCUUAUCUGUGUUACCUGACAGAGGCCGAGUUUCGAAUUGCCGCCAUGUUCGUCCCCUUCGUUUCCGCAACGUGUCAGCUCGAGUGAUAAGCUCUGUACCCGACGGGAAAGAAUAGUGAAACACAACGAGCCGACCUCUAUCCGGACUAACGGAGAUCAUCAUCGGCCAGUGGAACACGUGUGCUGGACAUCGCGCGCCGAGAAGGAAAGCAGGUGCCGAGCCGCGGGAGCGGGCUUUCUCGCGCGUGCGCGCUUUCUCUCUCCGACGAAUUCGGCGCCGGCGGCGGCGGCGCGCGGAUCUCGCGGCGUGAACUUAUCCGCGAAUCGCGCCUAAUCGCUUAGCUUCGAUUGAUCUCAAGCGCGCGUGCGCGCGCGCGCGGACGCCAUACCGGUAUCGAGUAUAGAAGAUGGCGAACGAGUGAACCGAGCGAAGUGUGUGCGCGGGCGGCGAUAAACAGAAAGGAAGGCGAAGAAAACGCAGCGGGGACGAUUUUCCCGCAGCGUGUCGCAGCAGCCGCUCGCAGCGGUGAUCGAGGGAAAGGUCCGCGACGCGUACACGAGCUUCACCUGCCUCUCGUUCCGCGUCCUCCACGAGCGUCGCACUCGCUCUCAAGAAACGAGCUCGUCCUCUCCGCUCGCUCUCUCGCAUCUGGCCCGCGUCGGACUCGAUCUCGCCGAAUGACCCGUGCGAGAAACCGCGGACAGCAGCAACGGUGACGCGCGCGCGGGCGCGUGCUCGCGCAAUACCUCCCCCGAGUGUUGACGAGUGUUGAGUGUACGACGAAGGAAGGGCGAGGGGAAUCGUGGAACCGGCGACCAGUGGAGCGGUAUAUUCGGUGUUGGUGCGCGGACCGGAAAGAUCAGCGAAGUGCAGUGCGCCGAUAAUCGGGAAAUAUUCGUCGAUCGAUCAUUCGGUAGUAAUUCGGUGAGAGAGUGGUGAGAGCAACGGAUACGCGGCUCGGAGAGUGCUCGAGGAAGAGGCCGAGGAGCAGCAGCGGCCACGGGGAUCGGUGAUAUGCGGUAGUCGAGGGAAUUCCCCAGGGAGAGACAUGAGGACGGCCGCCGCCUACGUCCUGUUCCUUGCCCACCUCAUACAGGCGACAACCGCGAGCGGAUACUUCGAGGUGCAGAUCCUCUCGCUGUCGAACAACAGGGGCACCCUGGUAGACGGUAGGUGUUGCGGCGGGGGAGACGGGGGAGGAGGGUUCCCGCCGUGCACGAAGCCCUGCUCGACGGCUUUUUGGCUCUGUCUCAAGGAGUAUCAGUCGAAUGUCACUGCCAUCGGCACCUGCAGCUUCGGCAACGUAUCUAGUCACGCCCUCGGCCCGAAUAGCUUCACCUUCGCCGAACCUGUCACCCUGCAACUACCCUUCACCUUCCGAUGGACGAGGCAAUUCACGUUGAUUCUGCAAGCGAGGGACGUGCCGAGCGCCGGCGUGAUCGAGGAAACGAGUUACAGUGGUAUCGUCCUGCCCGAGUCCACAUGGCACACCCUCAAUCAUCAAGGUAGAAACGCUCACUUAGCGUAUCGGAUACGUGUCCAGUGCGACGAACAUUACUACAACGCUACCUGCACCAAGUUCUGCAGGAGCAGAGACGACGUUUUCGGUCAUUACAACUGCAGCGAAGACGGCGACAAGGUGUGCAACGAUGGAUGGACGGGCAACGAGUGCAACACGGCCGUCUGCAAGAAGGGCUGCCACCCGGUUCACGGCUACUGCGAGGUCAGCUACGAAUGCAAGUGCCGGCACGGGUGGCGCGGCGACCUGUGCGACCAGUGCACGCCCUAUCCGGGCUGCAAACACGGCUACUGCAACGGCUCGAGCUGGCAAUGCAUCUGCGACACCAACUGGGGCGGCAUACUCUGUGACCAAGACCUCAACUACUGUGGCACCCACGAGCCGUGCCAAAACGGCGGCACGUGCCAAAAUACCGCGCCGGAUCACUAUCUGUGCACAUGUCCGGACGGCUUCUCCGGGCCCACCUGCGAGAAGAUCGACAACCCAUGCGCAACCAACCCCUGUCUGAACGGAGCGACCUGCCAUGAGCACGGGGAGACGGCGCAGUGCGUGUGCGCUCCGGGUUUCACCGGGCUGAACUGCGCGACCGAUAUCGACGAGUGUGCCUCGCAACCCUGUCAGAACAAUGGCACCUGCGUGGACGGCAAGAACGGUUUCGUGUGUAACUGCCCACCCGCCUGGCAAGGAAUACUCUGCCAGUUCGAUGUGGACGAGUGUACGCUCAAGGAACCGCCCUGCAAGAACUCUCUCACCUGCAUCAACUUGGCUGGCGACUACAACUGCCGAUGCCGGAGUGGCUUCACGGGGAAGAAUUGCACGAAGAAUAUCGAUGACUGUGUCGGUCAGUGUCAACAUGGCGCGCUUUGCAUUGACCUGGUGAACGACUACCAUUGCAGCUGCACCGCCGGCUAUUCCGGCAAGGAUUGCGACGUCGACAUCGACGAGUGCGCGUCCAAGCCGUGUCAGAAUGGCGGCGAGUGUCGGGACCUGGUGAACGCAUACGAGUGUGUGUGUCCGGUUGGCUUCACCGGCUACCAGUGUGAAAUCGAUCGCGACCAUUGCAGCCCGAAUCCGUGCCGCAACUCGGCGCCGUGCUACAAAACGCAGACCGACUACUACUGUCACUGUCCGGAACAGUGGCAAGGUAAGAACUGCUCGGAACCGGCCCCGCACAACCCCCAGUUUGGCGUGACGGACGAGCAGUUCGGCUGCGGCAGCGAAGGCACGCCAUGCGGCGGUCGAGGUCGUUGCAGCGGCGGCAAAUGCACCUGCGAUCCGGGUUACACCGGCAUACAUUGCCACGAGAACAUCAACGACUGUCACAGUAACCCCUGUCUAAACGGUGGUACUUGCGUCGACCUAGUGAACUCCUUCCAGUGUAUCUGCAGGGAAGGCUGGAGCGGUGAUCUUUGUGAUCAAGAUGUGGACGAGUGUAUGACGCAACCUUGUCGCAAUAACGGUACCUGCGUGGAUGGCGUGGCGGACUUCACGUGUAUCUGCCGCGGUGGCUGGAAAGGCAAGACUUGCGCAUUGCGCGGCGGCCAUUGCGAGCCUGGCACUUGUCGAAACGGUGGCACCUGUCAGGAUCGCGGUGAUGGCUUCACAUGUCACUGUCCACCCGGAUGGGAGGGCGCAGCUUGCCAUAUCGCGUCGCCGGCGUGCACGAGCAGUCCUUGCGAGAACGGAGCUACUUGCGUAAACACCGCGGACGGCAACUAUCGUUGCGUUUGUCGAGAGGGCUUCGAAGGGCCAAAUUGUCGGCGUGAUGUCGAUGAUUGUCAACCACUGCCGUGCUUGAACGGCGGUAAAUGCGUUGACGGUGUCAAUUGGUUCAGAUGCGAGUGCGCACCAGGCUUUACUGGCCCGGACUGCCGUAUCAACGUGAAUGAAUGCGCGAGCGACCCGUGCACGGGCGGAUCUACCUGCGUGGAUGGUAUCGCGAGUUACUCCUGCAUCUGCCCACCUGGCAGAACCGGCAUUCGAUGCGAAAUCAGGACCGCUGGUGGACCUGGCUGCAUGGCUGCCACGUGGGAAGACGAUUGCAACGUGUGCGAGUGUCGAAACGGCAAGAAUCAGUGUAGCAACGUCUGGUGUGGUCCGGGUAACUGCCUCAAUGGCACUUCCUGUUUAGCCCACGAGGUAUGCGUUCCUAGCCCAGGCGAAAGCUGCUUGGCACCGCCAUGUCCGGCAUGGGGUGAGUGUCGACCCAUCGAAACCGGCAGGAGAGUGGGACCGCCAGCGUUACCAGCUCCUCCAUCUUGUUGGCCUGGUCAGUCCACACCUGGGCCAACUUGUUCGAGACUCACGAUACUGCUGAGGAGGGACACUCUGGCUGCCGGUACAUCGGUAGAACUGUUAUGUCGUCGGCUAAGAAAGCUUCUCGCCGAUCCGCGUAGACCACAGUCGGUGGUGUUGCUUUGCGAUUUGAAACCUGGUGACAAUGACACAAUAGAAGUGACCAUCUUCUCCGAAGCAGCAGCCGCUGCAGCAAGAGAUCUUGGUGAAGCGCUCAGUCGUCCCCUAGCAAGACCUCUCGCUCUGGCCUCCGUUUUGGAAGUCAAAGUGGAGACGGCUUUGCUCAGCGAGCCCAGCUCAGCGGGUGCGAACAAUGUCGGUAGCUAUGUAGCCGUUCUUGGCGGUGCAUUGGCAGCAAUACUGGUAUUGGUGCUGUUCGGUGGCCUUUGGUACCUCAAAUCCGUCAGGCAUAGGUCGAGUCUGACAGCAACCACCAGCAGCGAGACUUCGUUGCACCGUCAUCGCAGCGAUCUGGACGAAAAGUCGAAUAAUCUCCAGAACGAGGAGAACCUGAGGAGAUACGCGAAUCCAUUAAAAGACCAGGACUCUGGCGAACCCAGAGUGUCGGUCGUGAGACCGUUGUCAGGUCCUUCGCUCGGCAGUUUGACCGCUACUGAAGAGAGUUUGGAGAUGGUGUCCGAGGAAGGAAGACAUCGUUUACCGCCGCUCUACAAACCACCUAGCGCUGAAGCCAGGAACAACACGGCUAGUUUCAGCUACGAGGAAGGCGCGCACAAGCCCUACAGCAAGCCCAGACUGCAGGAACCGACGUAUCCGCAUCAGCAGCCAGGUACCAGCCAGACGUCGGGACCACAUCAAGUGCUAACGGUGCACGUGUGAUCGAAUGUCGUUGAAGUGAAACAGUUGCGAGAACGCGGCUCAACGAUGUCCCGAGAAUUCUCCCGAAUUUCUCCCGGUCGGAGAAACAUAUGGAGCGUGUACCGCGACGAUGGCGAUUCUUAGAACAAAGAUUCUUAGGAACAAUAUAAGAGACGUAUGACGCUAGACAGGAAGUAGAUCUAACACCCGAGACUGAGAGUUUACCUGGACGAUUUGAUUCUUAUGUGAUAACGGUAACCGUGACCUUUCGAUUCCGGGAUAACUUCCGGUAAGUUAGCUCUCCUUUGAGAUUAUCCCUCGCAAUGGUCGAGACAGCGCGUAGAGUAUCCUAGGGACGAACGGGGAGAAAAGGGAAAGAAGAACUCGCGACUUUAACAGUAAUCACACUAUUACUUACGUUAUAUACUGUUAUUACGUUAUAACUAUGCAUUACGAGAUGAAGAGUAUAAAUGUCGAUUGUUUUUACACUACAAUAUUAUUUUACGGUUUACUCGUAGCACUUGUUUGGUAUAUUGACAACCGCUGAAAUUAUCGACUUCACGCGAGGUUAUUACAACGUGACUCAGGCGUGAAACAUAUUUUCCAGAUUGUAAAUUUAGAAAGUCGCGCACAAAGAAGUUUCCUCCUUUCUCAUUCUUCCCAUUCGGUCCUCCCGCACUCCUGCGAUAUGACAAUAAAUGAUCGAUAAUUAUAAAUAAUUUUAAUGAAAAAUGACCAGUUGUUAUAUCGUUGUACAUAUGUACAUAGCUCGUACUUAUUAAUUUCGCUAAGUCUGUAUCUCCUACUCCUUGCCCCUCAUCCUGCUCGGCGUCGCCAUCCCUAAGUUAGUCUUAAUCUCAUAUCCGUUUUAUGCUCGAUCUUGUACUCGUUUCAUAUUCGUUUUAUUGUACUCUGCGUUUGCGCCGCUAUCGUUGAAGUUUUCGCCGCACGAGUGACACCGUGACAACUACGAGAUGUAUGUACGUUAGUCGCGUAUUAUCGUCGAAAUGAAGCUGCGCUUCGUUAAAGUGGCCGAAGUACGAACUGGAGGGAAACGUGGAAGCGUAUGACAUAAUGUGUGUAAAUAAAUCUUGGGCAAGAGGAAUUCGUUUCCAGACGCGUUGCAUUCACGAUCAUUAAUGUUAACAUUGCGCAGAUAUCGCUCGAUCGCACGUAUACGCGAAGGUAUAUUUUGUAUUAUAUAUAAUGUUGGGCUUCGAACGUUCCUUCAGACGAUAUUAUUGUGAUACUCAUAGAAGAAGCGGGACCGUUGCGUAAGAAUAUUAUGGUACUUCGCGUGUUCGUCCAUCUACGGCACUCGGUCGAAUUUUAAUUUCGCGAGGACACGGCGCACGUGGGUUUUCGCGCAUUGAAAGAUACUGCCACUGCGAGAGAACCUGUUAUCCCCCUUAAUGCAGCGAAAAAGCGGCCUGAAUAACAUACUACGUCGUUAUUUCAUGUGUCUCGCGCGUAAAUUAUACACGCCGUCGAAAUUUACAAUGAUGAAACGACGUGGAACUAUUUCUCGCAAUUUUAACGUCUUCAGACGCAUGAAUUGUCUAAGCGCAACUUUUAUUGCUGAUUAAGUUGUUGCUGCGUGUUAAAUUUGUUGCUAUAGCUUUCGAUUUCUUUUCUUUAUAGUAUAUGAAAUGGCAAACAUCGAUUCGUUGUUGCAAAGAUUACAUCAGCGGCGUGAAUAAUGAUUUAGAACGCUGGCUCGUGAGGACCACGUUAACGGUGUAAAUGACGAUUUAAAAGACGCGCUUGGACGCAGUGAAGGCGAACGAUGUAUAUAGUGACGCUAUAUCGCAUCGUGGAGCGAUGUAAAUAAAUUCACAUACGUAUAUCUCAUCCGAAUCAUUAUCAUCCACCCUCCUCGCCCCCUCCCUCCCCAGUCAUCGUCGACCCCGUUUUUCGAUGUGCAAUGUAUGUUUUCUUCUUCUUCAUCUUGUUUUUAAUAACGUUUCUCGCCAAGCGAUGCGUUUGCGUUAGACGCGCGUAAACUAAUUUAAACCGAGAAGCGUAGCUCGCCCUAGGUAGAUGUACGUAGAUUUACAGCAGGAAGGAACAAAUCUCUGUAACACAAAUACUUUCUAUAUUUUAUAGAGAAAAUUAUAUAUUAUAUUGUACGAAUGCGUAGAGAGAGAAACGAGAGAUACGGUGAAUAUAUAUAUAAAUAUAUAUAAAUAUAAAUAUAUAUUAUAUAUAUUAUUUUAUAUUAUAUAUAUAUUAUGUUAUAUUUUUUAUUUUAUUUCGCCUCGUAUAUAUAAUAAAAUUCGCAGAUCACAAGCAAUAGUUCGUUCUCCCCUCUAUGAAUUAUUUCUUUUUCAGCUCUCUCUCUCUCUCUCUCUCUCUCUCUCUCUC